AUGAAAAACGAAGUGUUUCUAGUUAUCUUGGACUAUUUAAUUGCUGAUUUAAAUAGAAGAAAAAAAUCUUAUUCUAAUAUCAACAAUAACUUUGGAUUUUUUCUAAAUUUAGAGAAAGAAAACACAGAAAAUAUUAAAAUCCACGCAAAAAAACUUAUUGAUAUUUAUCCUGAUGAUAUUGAAAACGAUUUCAUAGAAGAAGUAAUACAAUUUAAAGAUAUAAUUUGUAACUUUUCUGCUGAAAACAAGUCAUCUGUAAUUAACAUGUUAAAAGCUCUCAUACAAUCUCAGCUUUCUUCAACAUUCCCAAAUGUUGAAAUAGCUCUAAGAAUUUUUUGCUCUCUUCCAUGCUCAAAUGUCACUGGAGAACGUUCUUUCUCAGUUCUGAAAAGAGUGAAAAAUUACCUUAGAUCAUCGUUAUCUAAUGAAAAACUUUCGGCACUAUCCAUAUUGAAAAUUGUAGCAAAGAGGCGUUACAUUUAUUUUGCCCCCGGCGUCUUUAACUCUUAA